GACUCGUACACAAGACGACCAGACUGAGUCUGAACCCUUCGUCUCUGAACCAACAAGAAUGGCUUCCUCAAAGCUGCCUCUGCUGCUGGUGCUGCUGGCCUGUGUAGAGCGCAGCCUGUCUGCUUCUUGUGUUGUUGACAGCUUCAACGUCAAAGAAGAUUUUGACCCAAAGAGAUAUGCAGGUAAAUGGUACGCUCUGCAGAAGAAAGAUCCUGAGGGCCUGUUCCUUCAGGACAACAUCUCUGCUGAGUACACCAUCGAUGAUGACGGAAGCAUGACUGCCUCCUCCAAAGGUCGGGUAACUCUCUUUGGUUUCUGGGUUGUAUGCGCUGACAUGGCUGCUCAGUACUCUGUCCCUGACCCUGCUACCCCUGGCAAGAUGUUCAUGAACUACCAGGGACUGGCCAGCUACUUGUCCAGCGGAGGUGACAACUACUGGGUGAUCGACACUGACUAUGACAACUAUGCCAUCACCUACGCCUGCCGUACCGUGAAAGAGGAUGGCUCCUGCGAUGAUGGAUACGCCCUGGUCUUCUCCAGAAACCCUCGUGGUCUGCCUCCUGCCAUCCAGCGUGUUGUCCGCCAGAAGCAGGAGGACAUCUGCAUGGCUGGACAGUUCCAGCCUGUGCUGCAAUCGGGAGCCUGCUAAACAGUUCAAACACUAAGGGCUGUGGAGGCCUACUAUCUGCAGUCUGCAGGCACAGCAGCAGUGAGACUGAUAAGGGUGAAUGAGACAUUUUGUAUGUGAGAGUAAAAACUCAAUUACCUGCUUUAUUUUUGGACAGCUGGGAUUCCU